AUGACCACGCCUGCGGGCUCCGGCACGGGCUUCGGCUCGGUGUCCUGGUGGGGCCUGUCCCCGGCGCUGGACCUUCAAGCUGAAAGUCCUCCUCUGGAUCCGAACUGUCAGGCAGAUACAGCGCACAAGACCCCCGAGCUGGACGUGUUGCUGCUGGGCUCCGUGGAUGGGCGACACCUGCUGCGGACCCUGGCCCGGGCUGCGCUCUGGCCUCGAAGGAGGUUCAACUUCUAUGUGCUAGAGAAUAAUCUGGAAACUGUGGCUCGACACAUGCUGAUCUUCAGCCUAGCCCUGGAGGAGCCCGAGAAGAUGGGGCUCCAAGAGCGGAGCGAGACCUUCCUGGAGCUGUGGGGGAACGCGCUGCUGCGCCCCCAGGUGGCCGCCUUCGUGCGCGCCCAGGCCGGCCACCUGGCGCACCUGGUCCCGGAGCCCGACCGCCUGGCAGAGCAUCUUCCCUGGCUCAGUCUCGGCCCGCUCAAGUUCCGCGAGCGGGACGCUCUAGAGGCCGUGUUCCGCUUCUGGUCUGGCGGCGAGAAGGGACCCGAGGCCUUCCCCAUGAGCCGGCUCUGGGACUCGCGGCUGCGCCACUACCUGGGCUCGCGCUACGAUGCCAGGCGCGGUGUCAGCGACUGGGACCUGCGCAUGAAGCUGCACGACCGCGGGGCCCAAGUCAUCCACACCCAUGAAUUCCGACGCUGGCGGGACACAGGCGUAGCCUUUGAACUAAGAGACUCCUGCGCUUACCACUUGCCCAACAGGACCCUGGCGUCUGGUCGUCUCCUGAGCCACCAUGGGGAGCGAGUGGCAGCGCGUGGGUACUGGGGGGACAUUGCUACAGGGCCCUUCGUGGCCUUCGGCAUCGAGACAGACGACCAGAGCCUCCUGCGGACCAACAAUGGACAGCCGGUUAAGACCGCUGGUGAGAUCACGCAGCACAAUGUGACAGAGCUGUUACGAGAGGUGGCCGCCUGGGGGCGCCCCAGAACCGGCCAGGGGAUCCCAGAGGGUAGCUCUGAGCCAUCCGCUUCAGUGCCCACUCAGGAAUUCUUCACAGUCCACUUCCUAUCCUUGGGUUCUGCUCAGACUCUUCACCAUAAGGACUGCUACCAGGGCCGGUUCCAGCUUCUCUAUGUCGCCAGUGGGAUGGUCCAUCUUCUCAGCCCUGAACUUGGAGCCUGCGUGGCCCCUGGAGGCAACCUGGUUGUAGAAUUAGCCCGGUACCUGGUAGACCUGCGGCCUGAGCAGCUGCAGGCAUUCUCCUCCCGGGUAGGAGAGCUAGCGCAGGCGGCUGGGUUUGCCCCGCAGACUGGGGCCAGCCCCUCGGAGACCUUCGCGCGCUUCUACAAGUCGGGGGACUCUGCUCAGGACAGCGUCGACCCAGCUGUGAAAUCCGGACAUCAAACCUGUGACAUCCUUGCUCCAUCUCCAGAAUCAAUGAGCCCACCCCAGGAGGACCUGGCCAAGCCCCCAGGAGCAAUGAGGCCGCAGCAGGAGGACCUGGCCAAGCCCCCAGGAGCAAUAAACCAGGAUCUGGACAAGACUCCAGAAGCAAUGAGCCCGCCCCAGGAGAAUCUGGCCCCGCCUCCAGAAGCAAUGAGCCUGACCAAGUAGGACCUGGCCCCUCUCCAGAAGGUCGAGCCCCACCCCCCUAAAUCCUCCAGUGUUCCUCAGAGUCUCAAGGUCCACUCUAGGAGGGCCCUAUGUGGAGAGAUUCUGUCCAUACCCAUAGUGAGUCCGCUUUCAAAACUACAAUUUGACUGA